AUGAGUCUUCCAGGAGACAGAAUGAUGGUCAUACCGGUCAGUCAGCACAAAUUGAUCAAAAUCAGACGAGUGAACAGGAAGAAACUCACGAGGCUGGCCCUAUACUGUUCGCUGGGAGCAUGCAUCUGCAGCGUUGUCAGUAGCACAACAAAUAGCUGGCUCUACACUUCUGAAGUACUAAAGUACUACGUGCUUCCGAAUCAUACCCGGAGUUUCGACGAUACGCAGCCAAAUCAGCCUGUCUAUUUCAAGAAUGCUUCAUUCGGCCCUUGGCAAUUUUGCUGGUUAGAUCCUAUGACCGCGUUCCAUUGCAACAAUGUUCAGUACCUCGUUGACGAAGAUGCGAGUGAUGUCACGACCUCUGUGCAACAAACUAUUCGACGAGCUUUUCUUUUUAUGAUUAUCGGCGGGGUACUAGACAUCCUCGGUCUCAUCAACUCUACUGUAUGCUGCGCUCGGCCACGGCCAUACAGUUCACUAUUCACCGCAGCUAUCAUUCACAUCAAUGCAGGGAUAGCUAACUUCCUGUGCAUUAUCGUAUUCAUGUCUGCUGUAUCAAAAGAAGUUGGCAACAAGAUCCAUGCAGCCAGCGAAAUGGACGAUCCAUUAUUCCACUUCGAGUACGGGUUUUCCUUUAUUCUAUUAAAGGCUUCGUUUCUGCUUACUGAAUGUGCAGCACUCUUCUCCAUUAUUGUGUACAUGGCAAAGCGUGAUGAGAGAACUUUUAAUCGCUACAAAAUACGCAGUCUGCUCAACGUCAGCAAAAGAUCUAUAAGCGAGGACAAAACGGAUUCAGAUAUAGUACGAAGUAGCGUAAGCCACGCUAGCAACCUUCCAGCCAGGUUCAACAAAGGACGACGAGCAGGAGUAACUUCUCCAACAAAGUCGAUUACAAAACAAGAUGAAGACAUCUUCUCUAAUCCCGGAGAGCUGUUUCGUCCAGGUUUCGGUCAAGUCAGUAUACAGAAUAUUUUACGUUUCACUUGCUGA